AAUUAUAUCGAUCGUUGGUCUACAUACUAAAAGCUAGCUUAUAUACAGUGAUCAUUUCUCGAACUCGUUCAUGGGUCUAGGGCCAGUUCCAUAUAACUGAGUUGUAUUAUCAGAUUAUUUAGGUGUAUGAAGCGUGAUGGAUCAGUUCGGUGUCAUACAUGGCCAGGGUUGGAUAAAAAGAUGCCUAUACACGCAAAGGAGUUUAAAAUACCUGCUGAACAUAUCUGUGCUUCUCUCGAUCGCCUUCAUGGUGUUUGUCUAUUCGAUAAAAAGUAACUGGCUUCAACGCGGUGUGAGUACGUCUUCGGUAAAUCCCAUUCCUGAGUCCGUCUGGUAUGAGGCUGAGCCUGUCAGUGGAAAUAAUGAUGGGAGGAGAACCGAAGUACAUGGAGGUGUUCAUGAAUACCGUGCUGAACGUAUGAACACCAGGACAUUGGCCGAACUUACGGCUGACCAAAAUGCCAGUCCGACAUUUUCUCUACUGGCCAAUGUUACACAGCAUAGAAAGGGCUUGCCAAAUUAUUACAUUCAUGGGUUGAGAUCUGGAAUAGGAGGGGAUUACGCUAUGUGCAACAUUGCUUUUGUGCACCUUCAUAAAGCAGGUGGGACAACCACUAAGGCGGUAUUGGGGAAGGUGAGUCAAAAAGCAAAAAUGGGUACGGUCAUAAUGAAUAGGACACCUACAAGCAACUUUGACCUUUUUAUCCAGAAGGGAGGUACAUCCAAGCCGACACUCUUCCAAGGAGGUUACAGCUUUGGCAUAUGUGAUGUAUUGCAUAAGAGGCCCUGUUCAUACAUGACGGUACUUCGUAAUCCAUAUGACAGGAUCAUUUCGUCGUACUUCUACACCUUUGGACGUCACGCUGCACGUCUGUGCGGACCAGUGAUACCCGGACACGUCUCAAUCACUGCUUGGGCGAUUGAUCAAGGCGGUCACUUCUUCAAUCAACUUCUUAUGCACCCGGACACUUGUAGGGAUUAUGGCUCAAGUAUCGAUGAGUACUUAAAUCAGGAUUACACCAAGGAUAUCAUCAAGUACGUGCAUGUUAAUCCUGGCAGGUGUAUGUGUCGACAAAGAGCUCUUCAUACAGCGACCUUAACAAAAGAGCAGCGUCGUGCACUUCUCCACUAUACCCUUGAAAACCUAGAGAACUGGUUCGCCGUAAUAGGAAUGUUGGAGGACUAUCAGGUAUCUCUAGAGCUCUUUGGAGAAGCCUAUCAAAUGAAUUUUACAGCUGAAUAUUCAGUUCCCCUUAACAUGAACAGAAACUAUGCAAAAGUGGAAGAUACGAAUAUAAAACAAAUGAAAAUUGAGCUACUUAAUAGUGCAGAAGUAAGAGAAGCGUUGUAUGAAGAUAUCAUGAUUUACGAGAAGGCGCUAGAGAUCAUGAAACUUCAAAAAGAAGAAUAUACUCGAAUAAAGAAUAUCAGAUGAGUGAUAAAAUGUUAAUAGCCCCCAUUAAAGUUGAUGUCCUGAAAAUACGAAAUUGAAAAGUAUUAAGUUGUCAGGGGUUCAUUCAUUUUACUUGUUGUUGCGGGUAUAAACUCAUUCGCCGAUUCGAUCCGGCGCAUCUCUACAACACGUCCUUGGUCAGGUGUCACGUAAUGGUAAAACACACCCCUAGAGCAAGAUGUACUCUUCUGGUCUGCCUUCGAUCGCAGCCAAUCAAACUGCUACGAAUCAUCUACACCAACAAAGUGCACAAAGUUGCCAAUUUGAUAACCAUUUAUGUAAAAAUGCAGCUGCCUGUCAAAUAUCAUCGUUUCAUACGUGUUUCAAAUACAGCGCGCUAGCUGAGAUAAGAUGCACUGUGGCUGAUAAUGUACGAGGCUACGAAACCUAAUUCAGAAGUCUAAUUUAGAACGAGGAAAAUGGGUCUGUCAUAAAGAUCAACUAUCAAAUGAAGAAAUAUUGUUAAUUCAUAUUGGUAACAUGUUUCUCCGACUUCAACAAUAACAAUUUACGUUAUUUUAUUAGCAGAAACCCUAAUUUCAUUCGAUUUGUUCCGGGGACCGAAUCAGCGCGCCGAUUCGAUCCCCCCGGAACUCGAAUCGAAUCUCCUGCGACAUCGACAACAAUAUGGGUUGUAACAUCACUUAAUCUUGAGAUUAAAAUAUUGAUAUUUCAAAUUGAGUGAAUCAAUAAACCGUAAGAACAUCGGGAUUAAUAUGUGUUAUCGUUGAAGGCGUCCCUGGUAAGGAUAAAUUUAAGCGAGGUUUGCGGUUGCACCACGUAGGAUGGGUGGACUUUUUUAAGGGCCAACUAAUCCUGUCGAAUGAACACGUGGGUUUAACCGCAAACCUCACUCAGAUCAAUGUAUAAUUGUUGUAUUAAAAAAAAAACAUUAUGUAUUCUAUGUACAAAUUAUAAAAUGACUGUAGAAAUGGUAGAUGUAUUAUUUGUCACAUUCCAUACAACUGGUAUGAGAGAAUUCACAUGUAAAAUGUUAUUGGAAUAAAAACCUUGGGUUUGAUGGUUCUAGGACUCCUACCCCCUGUACAUCCACCCCCGGAUAACCACCCGGGGGUGGAUGUCCAGGGGGUAGGUGUCCGGAUACGGGAUUUGGUUAAUGAAACAGUAUUUAAGUGACGCUUUUGGAAAUUGAAGAGAAUUGAUAUUUUGACAGAUUUCGUUUCAUUUGAUUGCAUCAAUUCAAAUUUCAAAAUAAUAUAUAUAUUUCAAAAUUUCAUUUGCAAUCCAACAAUGCAAUUCUGUUAAUCACAUCUAGUUUGUUACCGAAUUUUACCCUUUUUUUAACAGCUAUUUAAAAAAAAAAAUUAUUCAAUAUUAAUUAUAUAUCUUAAUAUGAAUCCUAAAGCAAAUACAUGUGUAUUAAUCAUCUUUUGCCUAAUUCUGUAAAGCUUUUUUAUAUCUAAAUAUUUAUAAUGAAUAUAUCAAUGAGAUUGUGGCUUUUCUCUGGAAUUCAUUGUUUCAUUUUGUAGUCGGUUGUAGUUGGUCUCAAAUUACGCUGCAUUUACGGUAUUAUAUUUGUAAUUUGUAAGUCUCAUUAUAAUUUAUUAACACUUUAUCCGAUUUUUUUCUAGUUCUCCUUUACAGCCUAUUCAUCUGUCCUACUCUUUAUCUGUCCCUAUUAUUGUGCAGUCUCCUCUCCAGCUUCUCUUUCUCAUUUCUCUACGAUCUCUCUCUCUCUCUCUCUUUUUUAUUGUCUUACCAGUCCUUCUAAUCUUCUAUUACAUUUGUCUUAUUGCCUUCCGUGUCAAUCUUUCCUCUUGUUUCGCUUUCUUUUCA